GCGUUGCAUAAUAUCAGCAGAGUCGGUAGGAGUCGGAAAUGUGCGAGGAACGCGGGUGAAUCUGCCACGCCGCGCGUCGAACAACUGUAUCCUUUCGCAGGGGACACCGGUAUCGAAGGAACAUGCAAGGACACCCGGAUUGGCGACCCACGGUGGUGGUGACGUGCAGUUUGACUAUAGUUCUCCUAGUGAUCAUGUGGAACAUAAAGAGAAAUUGCCCAAGCAAGUCGAAAAAGACGGCAGAGAACGACACAAAGGAAGACGAGGAAGUUCACGAAGAAAUCAUCUGCAAAAAUAACAUAAAUCACAAAGUCGACGUUGCGGUGUGUCCCAGCAACGACACGAUUCCCGAAUUACCCGAUCCAAAAUGGAUGAAAGUGGGUCAAAUUCAAGAGCUAUACGCGUACCCUUUAAAAUCUGGGCGAGGACAGGACGUGAAGGAAUGCAAUUUCACAGAAUUUGGCAUAAGUAUUGAGAAGGAAGGGCGGUUCACCCUUCGAGACAGAAUGUUUCUAGUGUACAACGAGGAAACUGGCCGCUUCCAAACUGGAAGACAAUACCCAACGCUGAUUCUAGUUAGCCUGUCCGCGGUAGACGAAUCCAAGGUGAAACUCGAAGCCGUAGGGAUGCCCAGUGUAAUUUUCAAUGUGCCAAAAUGUUCAGAGGAUAGUCCCGAAGCCGUUCAAUGCACCAUGUGGUGGGGAGAGUCAGUGAAGUGUAUCGAUUGUGGCCCAGAACCUGCUGAAUGGUUAUCAAGAUUUUUAACUGGAAUAAAUUCCGGAUUACGAUUGGGCUGUGCAGCGAUGGACAGACGAAACAUUUCCGUUGGUCCCUGGGAAAAGUACACAGAAGUAUACAAGACUCUCAGGAACGAGGACACUGGCUUGUUCAGCGAUUUGGCCAGCUACAUGCUGAUGUCUACGCGAUCCGUCGAGAUGCUGAACGAGAAACUGGAGAGACCAGUACCUGCCUUACAAUUCCGUCCGAAUAUUUUGGUUUCUACGCAGGAACCGUUCGAAGACGACAACUGGGAGUGGAUAAAAAUUGGCGAACGAGUUGUGGUCAGAAACGUAAAACCGUGUACUAGGUGCAAAUUAAUUCAAGUAAACCCUGACACUGGCAUUAUGGAUGAACAGGAGCCAACGAAAACUCUAAAAACCUUUCGAGAACAGACAGCCCCGGAACGAGUUGCGCUCGAAGGAAAAUUACCAACAAUGGGAAUACUCUGUGGACUAUACGUUCCAGGAAAAGUAAAACUUGGAGACGAUGUAUUCGUUCAUGUGCCUAAUGAUUCCACCGUAGAAACGAAUCAUCGGGAAACCACGAGCUAGAAAGUAGGUUAAAUUUAAAAACGCGCCACUAACGUUAACCCAGCAAUUUGGAAACGAAUACUUCGAAAGUGUUUCCUAAAAAAUUCAGGUAUUAGAAGACAAUACGAUAUACAAUUUUUGAUUACAAUUAUUGUUGACGAGAUGUUAAACCAG